AUGAAUGGUCACAGCUAUGGCAUUUAUAAUGCUGUCUAUGCUGUGGCCCAUGCUCUACAAGCUUUGUACAAGUCCAGGUCCAACUUUGGAGAGAACAGAAACCUUGAACUUCAAGAUAUACAGCCUUGGCAGCUUCACCCUUUUCUUCAACACGUUUCGUUUAACAACGCAGCUGGAGAAAGAGUGUCCUUCAAUGAGAAGAAGGAAAUGAUUUCUGGAUUCGAUAUUAUGAACAUGGUUAUCUUCCCCAACAUGUCCAUCCAUAAUGCGAAAGUGGGACGAGUAAAUCCUGAUGGCCUUGAAGGAAACAAUUUCACCAUCAAUGACAGCAUGAUUACAUGGGAUCAUAGCUUUAAUCAGGUGCCUCCAUUUUCCAUCUGCACUGAAUCCUGCUACCCCGGUUAUCAGAAGAGAAAGAGAGAAGGGAAGAAAUUUUGUUGUUAUGAUUGUGUCCCAUGCCCUGAAGGGAAAAUUUCCAAUGCCACAGAUGUUGUUAGCUGUUCUUCAUGCUCAGAAGAUCAAUAUCCAAGCAAAGACCAAAGUCGCUGCCUUUCUAAACAUAUAUCUUUUCUAUCCUAUGGGGAGCUCUUAGGAAAAGGUUUGGCUUUACUUACUCUUUCUUUCUCCCUGAUGACCAUCUGGGUGUUAGGCAUUUUUAUCAAGCACAAAGAGACACCCAUUGUCAAAGCCAACAACCGGGAGCUCACCUACAUGCUCCUCGUUUCCCUGCUGCUCUGCUUCCUCUCUUCUUUCCUGUUCCUCGGCAAGCCUGGGAAACUCUCCUGCUUCCUCCGACAGCCCCUUUUUGGCAUCAUCUUCUCUGUCGCUGUGUCUUCCGUAUUGGCCAAAACCGUCAUUGUUGUCCUUGCUUUCAUGGCCACCAAGCCAGGGUCCAGCCUGAGGAAAUGGGUAGGGAAAAAAGUGGCCCCCUCUAUUGUCAUUUCUUCCUCCCUCAUUCAAGCAAGCAUGUGUAUUCUCUGGCUGGGAACCUCUCCCCCAUUUCCAGAUGUUGACUUGCAUUCCGUUGCUGAAGAAAUCAUUUUACAAUGCAAUGAAGGCUCUGCUGUCAUGUUUUAUCUUGUCCUGGGCUAUAUGGGACUUCUCUCCAUCGUCACCUUAAGUGUGGCUUUUAUAGCCAGGAAGUUGCCAGACAGUUUCAACGAAACCAAGUUCAUCUCCUUCAGCAUGUUGAUUUUCUGUAGUGUUUGGUUGUUGUUUGUUCCAACCUACCUGAGCACCAAGGGGAAGUACAUGGUGGCUGUGGAGAUCUUCUCCAUCUUAGCCUCUAGUGCUGGAUUACUGGUUUGUAUCUUUCCACUUAAAUGUUACAUUAUUCUGUUCAAGCCUGAGCUGAACAGCAAAGAGCAGCUGAUGAAGAGAAUGAAUUAA